GCUGUAUAAUAAGCAAGGUUGCCAUCUUUCUGAAAAUGACCAAAUGUGGAUUUUUUUUGCCAUGACGAAGACAUUUUGUUUUUGCCCCCGCCAAAAAUAAAUAAACGAUGACGUCACACACAGGCAGGUGAAUGUCAAGCUCGGAAAGAAGCGUCCGAGUGGGCGCUCUGUCCCCGCGACGCUCGCUCUUCCCAUCUCUGCUCUGAGUUCGUCGGCUCUCCCCUUAGCCUUAGUUUAGCCUAGCGAGCCGCCAGCAAUCACAUUAUGUCGCAGGCGCUUUCAGAGGAGGAGUUUCACCGUAUGCAGACUCAACUGCUGGAGUUGAGGACACAAAACUAUCAGCUGUCUGAUGAGCUGAGGAAGAACUCUGUUGAGCUGAGCGCCUUGCGUCAGAAAAAUGUGGUGCUGGAAAGAGAUUUUGUCAAAGCACAGAAGGCUCUGAAUAAGAGUAAAAGAGCGCAGGAAGUGGAAGCGCUGCUGAGCGAGAAUGAGAUGCUUCAGGGGAAACUUCACAGUCAGGAAGAAGACUUUCGACUUCAGAACAGCACACUCAUGGCUGAGCUCUCCAAGUUGUGCAUGCAAAUUGAGCAGCUGGAAGAGGAAAACCAGCACCUCAAGGAAGAGGGCGGGGCCGCAGCUUCCCAGCUGAGCCCUAAUGCCGCCGCCAGUCCUGCUGAUGAAGAACUGCUGCGCCUCAAGGCUGAGAACGCCACACUGCUGAAGAAAGUGCGAGCACUGCAGGAGCACUGUAACACCGAGCAGCCGACAACAGCACUUUCUCAUGGCGACCAAAAUGCUACCUCACAGACAGACCGGUCAGCUGGUGCCAAUGGUGUGUGUGAUGUCAGCGGAAAAGGGGAGGAGCCAGCAACAGAGUGUGCUCGUGAGAAUGGGCAGCAGAGUGAAGCCCAGCUGAAACAAACACAAUUACAUGGCCUGUCAGAGAAGAGCGUAGAGGAGAUUGUAGCUAAGCACUCAGCGCUAGGCUGGUCGGCUGCUCUGUGUCCAAUAACUCACUGCUUUGGAGCAGAGCUGGAGGUCGCCCUGAACACCCAGCAUGAGGAGAAGAGGCUGCUGAGGGAGCAACUGCGCCACUUGGAGGUUACCAAACAGGCUGAACUCUCCAAACUGCAGGAUGAAUUGUCAAAGCUGUCUGACAAGUUAAAGAAGAAACAGGAGAGUUUCCAGCGUCUUCACGCGGAGAAGGAGGUUCUGUACAACGACAGCAGGACAAAGAUUGAGGAGAUCAACCAGAGGAAAGAGGAAGAGCUCAAGUUGAUGAACACGCGAAUCCAUAAGUUUCAGUUGGAUUUAACUGCAGCCAGUCAGGUAACGAUGGAGCUGAGAGAGAAGCUUGAAACCAGUGACAAAGAUCACCAACUGGCUCUGUACGCUCUCAAAGAUCAGGUAGCGAGUCAGAGCACAGUCAGUCAGGAGCAGGUGGACAACAUCUUGCAGGAGAAUGAUGCUCUGAGGACUAACCUAGCUGCUUUAGAACAGAUUCAGACGAGCAAGAUGCAGGAGGUCAACCUGCUGCGCGAGCAGCAGGAGGCGCAGGCGGCCGAACUGCAGCAGAGUCGGGCGCAGCAGGAAAAGCUUUUGGCCCAGAGGGACGACCUGGAUUCACAGCUGCAGGAGUCCAGUUUUGCCAACAGGAAGUUGUUGGAGCAGUUAACAGAAGAAGGACAAGAGAAAGAGAAGCUCUUGAGGGAGUUUGAAGAGAGCAAGAAGGAGAUUGCAGUGGGGGAAAAAAAGACAGCUGAGAAGAGGAAGGCCAUGUUAGAUGACAUGGCCAUUCAGCUAAACCAGGAGAAGUCCAACCACAAGGAGGCGCUGUCAGACCUCAGACUGCAGCACGAGAAGGAGGUCCUUGGCGUGAGGGCUCGCUAUGAGAAGGAACUUCGAGGUCUUCACGAGGAGAAAACCCGCUCUGAGGAGGACAUUCGGCAGCAGCUCCGAGACGAGAAGGCUCGAAGCAAAGAGCUUGAGAGUCUUCAGACCAAAGUGCAAGAACUUCACAGUCAGCUGCAGUCCCUGAAAGAAACCAAAGCAUGGUUUGAACGACGGAUCAAUGAGGCCAAGGAAAACACAGACAAGUUGACGUUGGAACAUCAGGAAGCCGUGAAAACUCUCCAUGAACAACACACACUUGAUCUACAGGCCAAGCAGGCCGAGGUGGAAGCGGUCCACGGGCAGCUGGUUGAUGUCCAGAAUCAGAGAGACGAACACCACAGCACUAUCGUCAAACUCAAACAGGAGAUCAAAGACACAAUGGAUGGACAGAGGAUAUUAGAGAAGAAAGGAAGUGCAGCGUUGAAGGACUUAAAGAGACAGUUGCAGCUGGAGAGAAAGCGAGCAGACAAACUGCAGGAGAGACUUCAAGAAAUUCUAACCAACAGCAAGAGCAGAACAGGCCUCGAGGAACUAGUCCUGUCUGAGAUCCACAGUCCCAGUCGCACUCAGCAGACGGGAGACUCGUCCUCUGUCUCAUCCUUCUCCUACCGAGACAUGAUGAAGGAGUGCCAGAGCGGCGGUCAGAACAAGUCGGGAGGAGGAAGUCCUCAGUGUCAGCGUGCCGCAGAGCUGUCUGAUGACGAGCUAGGAGAACUGUUCCAAAGGCUUGCUGAGGUCCAGCAGGAGAAAUGGAUGCUGGAGGAGAAGGUGAAACAUCUGGAGGUGAGCUGCUCGUCCAUGGCGGAGGACAUCUGCAGGAAGAGUGCCAUCAUCGAGACAUACGUCAUGGACAGCCGCAGAGAUGUGUCAGGCGGCGCCACAGGUGGUCAUGGCGGAGCUUCUCAGGCCGACCGAGGAGGUCUGGGUUCCGUCUUGAGGGACCUGGUCAAGUCUGGAGAUGAGAAUGUGCGCGAGAUGAACAAGAAGCUGCAGAACAUGUUGGAGGAGCAGCUGACCAAGAACAUGCACCUUCACAAGGACCUGGAGGUUCUGUCCCAGGAAUUAGUCCGUCUCAGUAAAGAACCAGCUCCUGAUGGCAGUUAAGCUGGGUCCGGCUGAAACUACUUCCUGAGUGAUCUUCCAUUCCCAAAAACCUUAAAUGGAAGACCGGGGUCAGACGAACACCUGGAACUAACUUCUUGUUUAGAACAUUAUUUAAGCCACCCCGGGCUAUGUUUCACUGCCUGAAUGUCUCCAUCCAUCCAUCCAUCCAUCCAUCCAAAUCAUGCAGGGAAUGAAAAUGUUUCAGCUAAUUGUUCUUAACGAAUGUACUGUAAUCAUACAAAACUCACAUGAUUAAUUUCCACUUGAGCCUGUCUACAACCUGACAACCUCCAUUGGAAUUAAACACUUGCUUUAUUUGUACAGAUCCCUCCCACCCCUUACAGUAUAUGUCAAGAAAAAAAUCCUAUUGGAGGCAUCCGGUGUCUUUGUCUUCACAUCAUGUCAGGCUGUGUCUACGCCCUGGAGACAGACCAACAGAUCCUACAUUACAAGCAAUGUCAUUUAGUUUGUGGCUCUGACUAUUUGUCUGUGUAACUGUCGCAGUCUUUUACUUUCUAUCAAAGCUUAUACCAUAUGAAUGUGGGUGAAAUAUGAAUAUAUUGAAUAUGUAUUUAAAAUGACUUUCCCUUAUUUUUAUCAAUUUGUUAAUUAUUUUUGUUUGUUUUGAAACUGUUUAACAUCAUACCUGUAAAUAGUGGUGUCUUAAUUGUUGGGCUGAGUCCAUGUCCUGCUUACUCUAUUGAUAUUAUUUAUAAAAGAAAAGAAGUGUUUGAUAUCCGUUUUGCCUUCUCUUUAACACUACAUGGCCCUGAGUCUAGUAUUUCCGGGCCUGUCACAUCCUCUUGACCUCUGUGUUUGGCUCUGACUACGUCUUGGGAGUGCUGGGGUCUGUCUAUGUUCUGGUUCUUGGAACGUGAUUUCAAAUAGGAAAGAGUAUUUCUAUCAUGAAGCAAAAUAAAAUGAGUGAAAAACAAAAACA